AUGUUCAUCUAUGUCAAACACGCAGGCCCCCCCAGGCCCGGCUGUGUGCCCAGCCCUGGGUCAGACACUGCCUUGUCCCUUCCAGAUAACCAGCAGUUUCUGGCUAAUACCUGCUGCUCUGUCCUCCUGCUGCUGCACUACCUGAGGAGUAAGGUGGGGCUCCAGAGAACAGAAGCCAUUGACCUGUGUGAUGAACUGGGCGCCCUCAAGCUACUCUUCCUGGUCAAGCUUCCCAGCGACAGCGCCAGCAAGUUCCUCUCGCCCCGAGGAACAUAUUUCGUGUGCCGGGUGGAGCGUGGAGCCCCAGGGACCAAACAGGGAAACGCUUAUCGCGCCUUCACCCCCAUCCUCAAGGACCCCGAGCCGGAGCUUCUGGAUGCCUUGCACACUCAGUGCGAGUUUCUGGAAAAGAGCCGCCUCAAGCUGCUGAAGGCCCAGGAUGGGAAGAAGAUCCAGACCAUGGAGUCGCUGAUUUCCGUUGUGCCCUCCCAGAUCGCAGGAAAGCUCAUGGGGAGGCCUGGUCCAGGGGCAGCUGGAGCUGCCGACGACGAGCAAAAGCAGGAGAGAAAAGCAGGACCAUCCCCCAAAAUCAAAUCAGAGGCCAGCAAGAAGGAGAAACAUCGCUGAAGCUGAAAUAAAAGCGU